AUGGCUCACGUGCUGCUCAAGCGCACGUCGGCUCCUACCGCCGCCGCGGCACGUCGGGAUGACGGGUCGGAUUGCUCGGCAGGGCAGAUAGAGCACCUCCAGCGCUAUGAAGAGGAGCAGAUGAGCCAGCUCCGCUAUUGGUCGCCUGCUCCCGCCAGAGCUGACGUGGCGCAUCCAGAUUCGCUCGCUGCUGACGUUGACGAUUUACUAGAAGUGGCAGCGGCAAUAAGACAAGUGGAUUCGGAUAAGAGCCUUACCAGCCAAGUCAGCGACACGGGGAGCCAACGAUUGCGGCUGACUCAGCAGCACCAGCCAACGCAUGUCGGACACGUGGCAGCGGCAACAGCCUCGGAGGCGGCAAGGAGUGAGAUGGAUGAGGAGAGGAGCACAGGGAGCAGCGAGAGGGGAGGGGCCAUGGGGCAGGGUAGAGGGGGCGAAGAGGGGGUGGUGAUUCAUGCUGGGAGCAUGGGAGGCGCGGUGGGAGCAGCAGAAGCAACAGCCGCCGCGACUGAGGCUGCAGCAGCGCUCAUCCGACCCCGUGGGCUGUACGCUGCCGGCCAAUCAGGGCGCAGCUUGGGUGGGGGGAGGCGACAAGCCAGACGUGGUGUCAAGGACAAGCUGGGAGAGGUGGCGACAACGGGAAGUGGUUGGGGAGGGGGGGAAAGAGGAGGAGGAGAAGGAGGAGGAGGAAAGGGAGAAACAGGGGAAAAGGGAGGGGCAAAGGGGGAGAGAGGGGCAGUGAGGGCAGUGGACAGUGUGAGGACAGGCUUGGCCCAAGCUUUGCUGUAUAGGACUAAGAGCGAGUGUGGACGUGUGGGGAGUGAGGUUGGGCAAGUGGGGAGUGAGUGUGGGCGUGUGGGGAGCGGGGGUGGGCAUGUGGGGAGCGAGUGGGGGCGUGUAGGGAGCGAGUGGGGGCGUGUAGGGAGCGAGGUCGCUGCUUCUCCUAGUCUCUCUGCCACAGGGUCAGCACACACUGCUGCCACGUCAGCAUGGGAAAGCUGCUCUGAUGGGUCAGUGGGGCCAUUAGAGAGUGUGCAUGAGGCUCUGGUGACGAGCAGGAGGGGCGAGCGGCAGUGGCGGGGGAACAGCAUGAGUAGUGUGAGAGAGGAGAUGGGAAUGGGCGUGUGGAGUGCGAGUGAGGGAGUGGGCAUGGGGUCGGGGCGUGGGAGCGCGUUGGGGAAGGGGCAUGGGGUGACACAUGAGGUGGAGGGGCGGUGGGGGUCGGAGGGGGGGUAUGUGACGCGGAGGGAGAUGCAUGCGGUGCUGGCAGGCAUGGCUCAGCUGCAACACACCGUGGAUGGUGUGCUCCUUCACCUGCAGCAGCAGCAGCAGCAGCAGCAGCAGCAGCAGCAGCAGCAAACGGGGCAGACACAGCAGGAGCAGUUUUCAGGGGCAGCAGCAGGCAGGAGCAGGGAUUCGGGCAACGAGCAGCAAAGUCCGCAAGGCCACGAGUCAUUACGGAGUGGGUCUGCAGUGCAGCAGCAUGGUUCAUGGGCAGGAGAGCAGGGCAGGGAAGGCAAGGAACCACCACUGCUGCUGCCCAUGCCGGCAGUGCUGCUGCUGUCCGCCCUGGUGGCCCUUGUGCAUGCGCUCUGGUCCACCUGCAAGUGGGCCGUGGGGCUUGUGUGGCCGCUGUGCCUGCUGCUGCCGCUCAUGCACCGCAUGGAGCACCACUGCCGCCUGCACUGCCAGCUCUGGACUGGACCUGGGGAUGGCAUGGACCGAGAGUGA